UAUGAACUGAGGGGGUGGGACGAAAGAUUGGUCAAGAAAGACGAAGCGAAUAUUAUUCACUAAAUUUGUUAGGGUGUGGGGGUGACAGACUGACAGUGUGUAUUGAACUACUGUUAAGAUGGAGUCAAACUGCAUUUGGUAAAGGGAGUUGAGAAGAGUUUCAGAGAGGGCAACUUUUGAAACACAGCAUUACAGAAAUUAGGGUGUUUGAUUCUUCUCAUCUUACAGCUUUCCCAUGGCCAGACCUUCAUGGUUGGUUGACAGUAAGAGAAUUGCAACAAAGAUUAGAAGUGCAUCAGAUGAUCCAGGAAAUAUUAACUGGAAAAGCAAUCCUACAAGAACUUGCCCCAGUUGCCACUAUAUUAUUGACAAUAGUGAUGAAACUCAUGAGUGGCCAGGAUUGCCAAGAGGUGUGAAGUUUGAUCCGUCUGAUCAAGAGAUUAUCUGGCACUUACUUGCAAAAGUUGGCCUUAAUGAUUUGAAAUCUCAUCCGUUUAUUGAUGAGUUCAUUCCGACAGUUAAUGAAGAUGAUGGGAUAUGCUACACUCAUCCUCAAAAUUUACCUGGUGUUAAGCAGGAUGGCACCGUUUCCCAUUUCUUUCACAGAGCUAUCAAAGCCUAUAACACUGGAACUCGAAAGCGUCGAAAGAUACAUGGCGAUAAUUUUGGAGAUGUUCGUUGGCACAAGACUGGUCGCACUAAACCUGUGGUCUUGGAUGGUAUACAAAGAGGGUGUAAGAAGAUAAUGGUUCUCUAUGUGAGCUCGGGCAAGGGUGGGAAAGCGGAGAAAACAAAUUGGGUGAUGCACCAAUAUCACCUCGGAACAGGGGAAGAUGAAAGGGAAGGGGAAUACGUUGUUUCCAAAGUGUUUUAUCAGCAACAGCAAGUGAAGCAAAGUGAGAAAAACGAACUUGAAUCUCCCGAGGAAACUGAAUGUUUGGAUGGUAAGAAAGAUCCUUCUACUCCCAAAACUGUGACUCCUGAACCCCUUCACACAGAAACGAGACCAUCGAGUUUCGUUGCAGGACUGGAGACCCCUAUUGCCUAUAUCAGCUCUAAUAUUCAGCAACGGGAAGUGGAUUACACAGAGGCUGACAUGGAGAUUCCAUUGGAGAAGGCUGAUAAUCAAGUCGAAAUCACACAGAAUCAAACCGAACAAAUGGAGUUGCAAAAUGAGAAUGAAGGUGGUGAGGAGCGGAAAUGGUGGGAUAGUGAAUCACAGAAUCUGUUAGACUCGCAACAGCUUGUGGAAGGGUUGUCCUUAUGUGAUGAACUUCUCCAGAGCCAAUCUCCAAGUAGGGAUGGGAAUCAAAACGGUAAAGAGCAUAAGUCCACAUCCUGUCUUUCUGAUUAUAGACACUUAGGGCCAGAGAAUUUUAAAAAGGAUCUAGAGGAGUGCCAAGAAUUGGUCCUAGAUGUGCCACCCACAAAUCAAAGCGGUAAAGAGAAAAAGUGCAUGCCCCAUCUCUCUGAUUAUGGACACUUAGGGACUGAGAAUUUUAAGUUAUUAGAAAACAGCCAAGAGUUGGUUCUUGACCCUGAAAACAUAAUGCUAGAUACACCUCCCGACUUUCGGCUAAGCCAACUUGAGUUUGCAUCUCAGGACAGUUAUAUUGCUUGGGGCGGGAACAAUCUUGAUUCCACUGAGCAAGGUAGCUGAUAUCAUCAUUUGACCUGCACUUGUGAUCCGAAGGGACUGGUAUUAAUUUUGCUGAGUUUUGCGUGGGUGAUUAUGUAAGGCUGCUAGUACGUAGCAUUACCUAUUUUGUACAAUGCACUGCUUAUGUAACCGUCCUGUGCCACUGCAUUUCAAUAUGCGUUUUUGGAACUUGAUCAACUGCACGGCGGCCAACUACCUUAUUUCCAUAGCAGCAACGAGAUAUCAAUCGUCUAUCUUGUUCUGUUGCUAAUGUAUUGUUUGUAUAUGUACUCAACCAACUGCAUAUUAAUGGCAUAUUAACUAUUUGGUUUACUACCAUAAAA